AGAUCGAGUACUGAGCUGAUAAAGUGCGAUCAUUAGUAGUAAUGUCGAGUGUUCCCAACAUACAGCACAAAUAAUGAAUCUUGGAUUCCACGAGAUCCGUUCGUUUUCCGUUAAGUAGUCGUGUCGGUUUCCGUGGUGUGAGAGAGUGCGCGACAUCCAAUAUUCAAUAUAUCAUAUAUAUAUAUUAUAUAUUCAUAUAUUCAUAUAAUAUUCAAUAUAUAAACCAAAAUAAUUUUUUCCCAAAACAAUAUGAACUCAUACUUGUGAUCUACUCAUUUUAUCUACCAAACUAAACCUAUCUACAAUCAUGUGGUUUCUAAUUUGAAAAAAUUUUACUAAUUUUUCGAGUCAAAUUAAUUUUUUUGAAUCGGGUUGAUAAAGUUGGACGCAUCAUGUCGGGGUGUCCGUUCUCCGGAUACAGGAAAUCGGUACCGGAAGUGAGUGGUGGUUUGAAACCGGUUGAAAUCGGUGGUUCGGAUGACACUUCGCGCCAGAGUUCGUUCAACUUACCGGAUGAGGAGGAAGGUGAGGAGGGGUUGGAGCCCGAAAAUGCCCCCCUCAAUUUGAAACAACUUUCCAGAGCGAUUGCUGUUAUCACUGAUCCACCGAAUACUGCGGUACAAACAGCUCUCAACACACUCCUAGGAACUCCUGGAUUUGAACACUACAAUAAAUAUUUAUCCGGUCUACCUCAAGAUGUAUCAAAUUCGAUACACUACCACUACCUGGAAGAUAUCCACGAUCUUCUAAAUGAAGCUGAUGUUGAUGCGUCACAGUUUCUGCGCAGCUUGGGAGAAACGCUGGUGACGUCAUCACCUGAAGCCAAACCUCUGAAAUUCCUCGGAGGAGAUCUGACCACGUUCCUAACCACUCUAGAUGGAGUGCUAGAUGUCAUACAGGGUCAGGGAAACGACCAAGAACAAGUAAGUUCGGCGUUCGUGUGCGGCGUGCCGGGAAGCGGCGCGUUGGAACUGCGACUGACGACCGAGCGGCCGAACAUAGCGCCCCUGCUGGCCGGUGCACUGAAGGCCAUUGCUGCCGAGUUCUACCACACACCCGCCACUGUCAACCUCAGGCCUCAUCCCCAUGAUCACAAACAGUUUCGCUACGAAAUAGUGACGAAACCGGAUGACGACGCCAGAGAUGUGGUCUCGGUAGGCAGCCACAGCAGCAGCACUCAGCUGUCGACUGCAGCCACCGACCUGAGGAUCGGAGUGGCCACCUUCUGCAAGGCGUUUCCCUGGCAUUUUGUCAUCGACCGACGGUUAGAGAUCAUCCAGCUGGGUGUCGGGUUCAUGCGCAUAUUUGGUGCGCAGGCCUCGCAAUUAGGUACACCUGUGCAGACCUACUUCGAGUUCAAACUGCCUCGCGGUGUAGAGGUCAGCUUCGAGGGGAUAAUCAAGAGAGCCAACUCACCUUUCCUACUAGCUAUAAGUUUAUCCGGCGAUCUUGGACCCUGUGUGGCUGAGGGCCUGGAACUAAAGGGCCAGAUGGUGUACUGUCCUGAAUCCGACUCGAUUCUGUUCAUCGGGUCGCCAUUCCUGGACGCCCUGGACAGCAUGACUGGACGCGGCCUCUUCAUCUCAGACAUUCCCCUGCAUGACGCAACACGUGACGUCAUACUGGUCAGCGAGCAGGCACGUGCACAGGAUGGCCUACGAAGACGCAUGGACAAGCUGAAAAGCUCAAUAGAAGAGGCGAAUAAAGCAGUAGACAAGGAGAGAGAAAAGAACGUCAGUCUACUCCACCUAAUUUUCCCUCCAGAUGUCGCCAAACGGCUUUGGUUGGGCGAAACCAUAGAGCCGAAGGCGCACGACCACGUGACUAUGCUGUUCAGUGACAUAGUGGGCUUCACGAGCAUCUGUUCGACUGCCACACCCUUCAUGGUCAUCAGCAUGCUGGAGAGUCUCUACAAGGAGUUCGACAUUUUCUGUGGACAGCUCGAUGUAUACAAGGUGGAAACAAUCGGGGACGCAUACUGUGUGGCAUCAGGUCUACACAAGCACACCAACACACAUGCAGAGCAGAUCUCGUGGAUGGCUCUCAUGAUGAUAGAACGGUGCAGUCACCAUCUCACCCACGAUGGAAAACCUAUCAGGAUGCGCAUAGGCCUGCACUCUGGCACAGUGCUAUCAGCCGUGGUUGGCAUCAAGAUGCCUCGCUACUGUCUGUUCGGCCACAACGUCACCAUCGCCAACAAAUUCGAGUCGGAGAGCGAACCUCUCAAAGUCAACAUCAGCCCCACCACAUACGAACACCUGAAAAACGUGAAAGGCUUCACGUUUGAGGCGCGACCCAAAAGCUGUCUACCCAAAGACUUUCCCUCCAAUAUCCCAGGCACUUGUCACUUUCUGUUGGGCUACCAACACCCAGGACUCUCUCCCGAUCAACCCCUCGAUCAACAUGUGUUAGCUGGCAUGUCCGCCAUAACUACGUAAGAAACUUUGUAAACCUCGUGCUGAAAUAAACCAUAGAGCGUCUCGGAAAAUUGUAAUUGGUGAUCAGAGUAUGAAACCAAAACACAAUAUUAUGUUUUUUCUACAGGUGAUGUUUUAUUUCCAGACAAAACCCAGUAUAAAAAUGGAACAUUACUACAGUAAAACUCCAAUUAUCCGAAUCAUUUGGGAACGGACUUGACCCAUUCAAGCCAUUCGGUUAAUAGAAUAUUUUAAUAAUCUAAGCUUUCAUAAAAAAUGGAAAAUUUAGGAAAAAUACCUCAUUAAAUAAUAUGAUAUUCUAGUAUUAGGACUAUUGUCCUUAUCAGUAGAAUUGGAACCGUUUUGAGCGUAAGCCUGUGGUACUCUUCUGAAAGUUGUGUAAUUUUGAAUGGUUAAAUGAUUAUUCACAUAAAUUAUAACGGUCGACUACUUUACUGCAUAAAUAAAACUUUUCGAAAAUAGUGUUUAUGCUUCUUGAACAUUUCUGAAAUUCACGGGAAUCUCGACUAUUUUCUUUUAAAAUGUAAUCGGUUAUUCGGAUAAUCGGCUAUUUGGAUAAUCAUAGUUCGGAUAAUUGGAGUUCUCCUCUAGAAAGAACAAAAUUAUUGUGUUUUUAUUCUAUCAUGAAGAAUUGUACGAAUAUGAUGUUCAAUCAAAUCAAAGUAUUGUGAAAAGCAUAUUAGUGAAACUUGUGGUCUCAUUGCGGAUACGGAUCAACAUAGAAGAUCAUGAAUGAUUGUGAAACUCGUAGAAAUUACAAUCUAUUAUGCAUUUGAUUAAAAGGUUUGUGAAAUGACCUUGACCUUGAAACUUGACCUUGAAUGACCUUGAACUUCGCAAACUACUACUGUCCGCUUCCCAGAGGUCACCUCUAAUAAUGUAAUGAUUGUGUUGACUACAAGAAUAAGCUCCUUGUGAAGUAUUACAACUUUGUCUACUGCAAAAAAAUGCAUAACGUAGUAUGUAAUGUACGUAAUUAUAAUGUGUGCUGUGUAAGAGAUUGUACAAUAUAUGGUAAAUUGUUCCAUAAUAAUGAAAUCUCCUAUUCAAUUGUAAGAUUCUUCGUUGAUUUGUGAUAUUGAUACAAAUUGAAUUUCAUCUCUAUUAUUGCAUCAAUGUUAUCUUUAUAAGCCUUCACCUUCAUUCAUUGAAUAUAGCUUUCAACUAGUUUAUAAAUCUGAUGAAUUUCAUUUGAAGAUAAUGUUUCAAUUUUUAUUAAAUCAUUAUUCUCUGUUAUUUAAAUUGAUCUCUAGUCUAUAAUCUAUUACAUAUUAUAUCCCUCAAUUCGUGAAAGAAAUCCCUACAAUAUUAAUAUCAUAAUAGUUUUGAUUAUUGUUAUAUAAUACAUGAUUUAUUGAUCACAAUAUUCAUUUGUCACAAUAUCUGUACUAACCUUUUCUGGAUUGAUUUUAAUCAUUAUUCUGGAAUGGAAUAGUAAUAGCUAAGCCUGUUUUUUAUUUAUAAUCAUUUCAUAGUUAUGUGUUUAAUCUAUGAAUCAAUAAAUACUCUUUUAUAAUGUUCAUCAUCAACUCCAUUGAGAAAAAUGUAUGUUUACAUCAAUUUCACUCUUUCAUUAUACUGGAAUAUUAUUUGACAAUAAUCAACUUAUCACGAUAUUUUUCUACAUCUUGAAAACCUCCUGUUUCUCAACCUGCCAAGUUUGAGUGUCAUCAACUAAGCAUU